AUGAUUACUGAGAACGGAGAAUUCAACGAAAAUGAUUGGUGGUGGAUUGAUAGCCUGUGCAUCAACCUCACUGAUGGCAACGAGCGCGAGCAGCAAGUUCGUAUCAUGGCAGACAUCUACAAGAGAGCUAAACGAGCUGUGAUCUGGCUGGGAGAAGAGAAAGAGCCUGGUAGUGACUGCACCGGCGCCAUCGGAUUUCUUCACAAACUCGCCAGCUUGCAAGUUGCAUUCAGCGGAGACGACCGCGCAAUGAGAGAAAGCCUCGAUGACCCAGAUUUCAUCUCGAAUUACCCUGGUGGACUCGCGUGUGGACUUUACAAGAGUUCGUUCUACCAAAGGAAGCCAAGCUAUACUGCGGUUCGGAAAGCAUAA